AUGUCAGAUCUAGAAGGUGCCACCAACGCUGCCAAAGUGUUAGCUGAAACUUCGGCGGAGUCUAAUAAAGAACCAGUUGUAGAGCAAAGACAAGAAGAAUCUCCAAAACUGAGUAAAUCCGCAAUUAAAAAGCUUCGUCGUCAACAGGAAUGGGAGGCAGGCCGUGAGAAGCGAGCUGAAAUACGCCGUGAAAAAAAGAAGCAAAAAAAGGAAGAGAGAAAGCGCAAAAUCGAAGCUGGCGAAAAGGUUCCGAGUCAAAAGAAAAAGAUUAGAGAAGGAAAGGUGAUCCCUUCUGACAUGCGAAUCGUGUUGGAUUGCGGUUUUGACGAUUUGAUGAAUGAAAAAGAAAUUGCUUCCCUGUGUCAACAGUUCACCAGAUGUCACUCUGCAAACAGAACUGCUUUGCACCCAGUAAAGUUCUGUGCUACAAGCUUUGGUGGCCGUCUUGAAGCCAGACAAGAUUAUGUCCUUCGAGGCCAACAAAAGAACUGGAGUCGCUACCAUCCCACACCAAAAAGCUACCUGGAAGAAUUUCCUGAAGAGAAAAAAAAAAUGGUAUAUCUUUCAGCAGAUUCGGAUGAAACCUUGCAUGAAUUAAAAGAAGACGAAAUUUACAUAAUUGGAGCCCUCGUCGACAAAAAUAGGUACAAAAAUAUUUGCGACGAUAAAGCAAAGAGUCAGGGUAUACGAACUGCAAAACUUCCAAUUGGGGAAUAUAUUCGUAUGUCCGAUCGAAAGGUCUUGACUGUAAAUCAUGUUUUCGAGAUUCUAUCCUUAUGGUUAGAACAUCGCGAUUGGGAAAAGGCUUUCAUGGAAAUUAUUCCUAAAAGAAAAGGACUUUCUGCUUUGGAUGAAGACAAUAGCAGAGAACAAAGCAUUGAUGAGGAAAGUAAUUCUCAAAAGGUUGAAGAAGUUGAAACCGAAGCAAACUCGGCGGAUGAAAUUGAGAUGCCAGCUGAGAAGAAGUUAAAGACUACGGACUAA